GGUAGAUGGAGGGUGUCGUCACAGACCAGCAUUAAUAUACCGGUAGCAAUAGGUUAGAAAAGUGAAAACAAUUCCUUGCCUAAUGGUACCUUAGUCUGAGUUUUGUUAGAUCCAGUAUAGGCUAUACUGUUCAUUUUUCAAAUCCAUAUUCAAGCUAUGGUAGUUAAGCAUUUUGGGCUUGUCCUCUAUGCCUGGAAGCAGUCACGUUUCAGCAGCCUACUGGAAAGAAACCUGUAACAAAAAUAGACCAAAGGGGCUAAAUUGCUAUUAUCUGACUAGACUAGUCCAUUUAUGUGCUAUUCUUAAAAAUGGCACUUAAAAUCAGUUUAAGGUUAUAUAUAUUUUUUGUUACACGUGUACACACCGUUUUACGGUAGUCUUUCACAGCAGCAAAAUCAGUUCAGCCAUAGCAAGAAGAAGCAUUUGCUGCACUCUACAGGGAUACGCAACCUGCUGUAACCACAUCGCUGGGAGGGGUUGACGGACCCGUUAGUUUGCUAUCUCCGCCUGCUCAUGAAACCUACGGAUAUGCCAAAGGAGGGAGCGGAGAUGACUGAAGAAACUGAGCAGAUGAUUGAGAAAAAUUGUGCAAAAGAACCAGAGAAUGUCGCGUCUCCGGGGGAUGCCAAAGAAAUGCGCGUCGUAGUGCUUACUAGCUUUGGGGGUCUCAACAAACUCCGGGUAACCAAGAAACCGAUGCCAGAUCCACAGGAAGGAGAAGUCAAAAUUCGCGUUAAAGCAUGUGGCUUGAACUUUCUGGACCUCAUGGUUCGACAAGGAAAUAUUGAUAAUCCUCCCAAGACUCCUCUUGUACCUGGUUUUGAAUGCUCAGGCAUUGUAGAGGCUCUGGGAGACAACACAACAGGAUUUGAGAUUGGCGACCGGGUCAUGGCAUUUGUGAAUUACAAUGCCUGGGCUGAGGUGGUCUGUACGCCACUGGAUUUUGUCUACAAGAUCCCCGAUGAUAUGACUUUCACUGAGGCCGCUGCCUUUUCCAUGAACUUUGUGGCCGCCUACAUGAUGUUGUUUGAAGUUGCCAACCUCCGAGAGGGCAUGUCAGUGUUGGUGCACUCAGCAGGAGGAGGUGUGGGUCAAGCUGUUGCUCAGCUCUGCUCAACUGUUCCCAACGUCACCUUGUUUGGCACUGCCUCACCCUGUAAACACGAGGCCAUCAAAGACUCGGUGACUCACCUGUUCGACAGAAACAUCGAUUAUGUGCCAGAAGUGAAAAAGAUCUCUCCAGAGGGGGUAGACAUUGUACUGGAUUGCUUAUGCGGAGAGAAUACUGGGAAAGGCCUGAGCCUUCUCAAGCCCCUGGGAACGUACAUCCUUUAUGGCUCAUCAAACAUGGUAACAGGAGAGACAAAAAGUUUCUUCAGCUUUGCCAAAUCUUGGUGGCAAGUGGAGAAGGUGAACCCCAUUAAGCUCUAUGAUGAGAACAAAGUCAUGGCUGGGUUCUCGCUCCUGAACCUCCUCUUUAAGCAGGGUGGAUGCAGCCAGGUGAAGAACGCGGUCCACAAACUCUUUUCCCUUUAUAACGAGAAGAAGAUAAAACCUCUCGUAGACUCCCUAUGGGCACUGGAGGAGGUGAAAGAGGCUAUGCAGAGAAUCCAUGACCGAGGCAACAUAGGGAAACUCAUCCUGGAUGUGGAGAAGUCCCCCACACCUUUGAUGGCUAACGAUAGUACAGAGACCAGCGAGGCAGGUGAAGAGGAGGAGGAACACGAGGGUGACAAUGACAACAAGGAGCGGAUGCCCUUUAUCCAGUAAGCCCUGAACGCUACGCUGGGGCCUAAGGAGAGCCGGAGGGACCAGAGGAACAGAGACUAUUCCAAGACCUGAGCUACGCACCCGCGAAUCCAUGCUGUUGUACAAUGUAUGAGUGUGUGUGUGUUUGUAUUGUAGUUGCAUUGUCGCCCAGUUUCAUCAACAUUUGACAUGUUAGAAGCAAAAGUAUGAUAAAUUUACAAAAAAGU